AUCCUGGGUCAGGAGGACGCCACGAUCUCACUUGUUCGCCACCCACCCGUUUAGUCACUCGUCAGGUUUUUUCCUUGUCCAGUUUUUCUGAAAAUGUCUUUCACCGGAAAGUUUGAGCUCGUCUCGAGCGACAAUUUCGACGAGUAUUUGAAAGCUUGUGGCGUCGGUAUGGCUAAACGUGCCCUCGCUGCUACGGCAAAACCAACGAUCGAGAUCAGCGAGGCUGGUGGCCUUUUCACGAUGAAGACUUCGUCCACCUUUAAAAAUACGGAGAUCAAAUUCAAAUUGGGGGAGGAAUUUGAUGAGGAAACUGCCGACGGGAGGCAGGCCAAGUCCACCAUGACCGCCGAUGGAAACAAAUUGAUCCACUCGCAAAAAAUUGGGGACGACUCGUCCGUCACGGUUCGCGAAUUUAGCGGAGAUUCUCUCAAGGCCAGCUUCACCGCGAAGGGCGUCACGGGCACCCGGGUGUACAAGAAGGUUUAAAAGAGAGACUAGUCAAAAUUUCUUAUGUUUCGGAUCAUCGUGACGUGUCUAAAAAUGUGGUCUGCGUUACAUCAUAUUCAUCUCAAUACAUAAUCGUGACACAUGUAUUUUUGUCUAAAAACUGGUUGAAACAUUGCCAAAAAUAAAAAAAAGUGAAGAUAAAUUUUCAAAAAUUGUA